AUGACCCUCCGUCCUCCCAGGUGCAUCCUUUGUUCUCACCAUUCGACAGUUUCGACGCAGCCUACGGCACCCCGUGAGGCUCUAAUGGCUGCCAGUGCAACCUGGGGACAGACGAUGGGCGAGCAUCGCGCACAGAUAGUUGAAAACUGCUCUUUCUUCUCUUCUCGCGAUGCCCAGAUAGUCAUUAUCCUGACCCGGGAGCCCCUGGGCAACUUCAAGGCAAUAGCCCUACGCUCUGAGAAGGACGGCGAGAGGGAAGCCCUGCUGUCGUCCGAGAGCGCCGAGACGGUUCAGAAGGCCUACGAGCUCCUCUUGGUGAAGUCUGCGGACGCGGUACAGAACUACAUCACCACCAAUGGCUUUGCUUCCCUCCCGUGCCCCAAAAAGAUUGGCGAGGUCCUUGACGAUGACGACGACGCGGUCUCUUCUGUCUCGUCGGCGUCCGAAAUCAUGGACGGCGACCCGGAUAAGGAUCUGGGGGACUCUGCCUUGUCUUUUGAUGCCGAGUCUGCCUAUGAGAGCAUGACAGAAGAUGAGGCUUGCGAUGGCUAUGGCAGGGCGAGAGGCACCCACACCUCGAGCAACACCCGCAUUCACCGGUCCCCCGAAUGGGUGAGAUACCCUUCUCGCUCACCGAGACGGGAUGACCCGGACGUCUCACGCCAUGAAUAUCCACACAACCUCCCCGUUCAAAACUUCCCCAUCCAUCGUCGCCGCUCCAGCCCCUCUCAGGCCCCUACCUACAAGACCCUUGGUCCUGCCCGCCAUGUCACCUCUGGGCCCCCGAUGCCUCCGGCUGGCGUGGCCGCAGUGCAACCGGGGACGUGGAAGGUUGGGCCUGGGCCUGCCGUGCCCAUGCGCCCGCCUGGCAGUUACGCGAACCUGGGACAUCAGGUGUACUCGGAUGUCACCAUGGGUGGCAUGAGAGCACAUCCAUCACAGAUGCUCACCGUCCACGGCCCGCCUCUGCCUCCGACCGGAAGACUGGUGCCACCUCCGCCACCCGGCACUCUGCCACAGCCAGGCCAGAUGAAGCAUUUCAUCAGCAGUGUCAACCUCAACGGUAACAGUCAUACCGGGUCGACCUCGGCGUCAUCCCCUCCUGGGAUCAUGGGCCACCACGUCCACCACCCAGCCACCACGCAGGCGCCACCGCCGUCGGCCUCGUCCCACUCGACCACGGCAUCAUCCACGCCCACGACAGGCCCCAUCAAAGCCCCUCCACCCCCCGCGCCGACCCAGCCGCCCCCGCCUGCAGCGCCGGCCCCCAUAGACUGCCGGCUGUGCAUCAAGUCGCGCAUGCCCGGGACCGGCGACGUCAGCGAGCAGCGCAUGGUGGUGCGCACGCUGCCGACGCGGCCCCACGUGCGGGCCGCGGCGCUGCGCUACGUCGAGUACAACCCGUCGCUCUUCAGGCACCUCGCGGGCGCCUCCUCCUCCUCCUCCCCCUCCUCCGGCCCGCUGUCGUUCAAGGGCGGCGAGGUGGCCACCCCGGCCCCCGCGGGCGCGGACAAGCACCUGCGGGCCAACGUCACGCGCGUCAUCUUUGGCGGCAGCGAGAGCUAUGACCUCACCACCUACGGCGAGGACGACCUCAGCCGGCUGUGCGCCAGCGUCGUGGGCGGCAGGGGCGGCGCGGGCGAGCUGCCGCUGUUCGAGGUUGUGGUUACUAAUAUCGGGCCGGCUGGGUCUUUCUUUACGCUUUCCUGA